AUGGCUGAAGAAAAGGACUUUAACGAUUUAUUAGAUGAUAUUUUUCUUAGUGAAGAUCGAGAACAUAAGGAAAGUUAUGAAGAAGGUUUCAAAGCGGGCAGCCAGUUAGGCAACCCUGAAGGUUUCCAUCUAGGAUACCACCGUGGUGCUGAACUCGGACGUGAGCUAGGCUACUACCUAGGCGUGAUAACGCACCAUAUCAAUCUUAAUCAAGAAUCGGAUGAAAAAUAUUCUGCUAAAAUAUUGACACAGUUGACUAGAGUUAAAGAACUCAUAGAUGUAUUUCCACGUAUAAACUCAGAGGACCAUGAUAUACUGGGUAUGGCUGAGACUGAGUUUCAUUCUAAUUAUUCUGAAUCUUCAAUGAAAUCUACAAUCACCAAAGUAUGUCAUCAUAUUGACUCCAUCACCAAAUACUUGACACCAUUGCUGCCAAUUGCGAAUUGCCAUAUGGUGGAGUUUCUAACGCUGAACCAUUGGGAAAAACUUCUACCUGCGAGUUUGAGAGACUCUCUUAAUGGUGAAGACCUGAAUGUUUCACUAAAUAACUAUUGGAGCAGCUUUGAACAGACAAACCAAGAGAAAACAGCUCUCUCCAGUUGGAUACAGACAGCCCAAUCACAUUGUAUAAAAGUGAAUAAUGAAUACUGUUUGUCUACUGAAAAAUUACAAGAACAUAUCAAAGCAUGGGGUGGUGAUAUAGCGCCUGAGGUCAAGAUCAAGGAGUUUAUGACAAGCAAGAAGAGUUAUGAGGUGCAGCGCAUGUCGCGGCUGGUGUCGUCGCUGGGCGGGGCGAGUGGGGCGAGUGGGGUGAGUGGGGGGCGCGGGGCGGCGGGGGCGCGGUGCUGCGUGGAGGCGGGCGGCGGGCGCGGGGCGCUGGGCGCGGCGCUGAGCCUGGCGCACGGCGCGCGCUGCCUGUCGCUGGACUGCGACGCGCGCGCCGCUACCGAGGCUGCCCACAGGAUCCACGUCAUACAGAAACAAUGGCAUACGAUAGCCAAGCGUGUGAAUAACGGCUCCGAGAAGUCUAUAAGCGAAGGGAUCAACAAGAAUUUACAUCGUUUUGCGACAGCAUUUAUCACUAAAGACACGGACCUAUCUGCUCUUGUAAAAGAGACCUUUCCAGAAUACGCAAACGACGACGUACGAAUACUCUUGACAGGUCUCCACACUUGUGGCAACCUAGGUCCAGAUUCCUUGCGUAUAUUCACAACCCAGCCAUCUGUAGCUGCCUUGUUUAAUGUGCCUUGCUGUUAUCACCUGCUCACGGAGACGGUUGAUGACAGUGUGUUUGACGUCUUCCAAAGAGAUCACGGGAGUGGGGAGGAAAGCAGUCAAGGUUUCCCUAUGUCUGAUUAUUUGCGAGGAUAUAACUUGGGACGUAACGCAAGAAUGUUAGCAGCCCAGUCAAUAGACAGAGUUGUCAAUCAGCGACAAUUGCCCUCGAAGAGUCUUCUCUACAGAGCGUUAUUGCAGGCAAUAAUCAAAAAACAUCUUCCCAAUCAAUUAGUAUCGGAAGGAAAACUCAAAAGGAUCACAAAAAAAAAGCGAAAACUUUCAACAAUAUUUCAAAAUGGCGGACGAUAUUUUGAAAUUAGAACUUUUUGA